GUUGCAUGCUGGUGUUCAACAGCGGCGCACGCGAUGAACCGAGUUGCAGCGCAGACACAACCAUUGGCCAAGUAAACAGUUAUUUUGGCGCGCAUUUCAAUUCGUUCGUGCUAUUGUUGGUAAUUGCAGAGCGCAUUUGAAAUAUUCAUGCGACUGCGACAACAUUUGAUAUUAAUUGUGUGAAACAUUGUUAUUUUUGUUGUCAAUUUUGUUUACGUGGCUUUGUGUCUCUGUGUGUGUGUGCUUUACUUGAAACUUUGCGCGUGAGCAACACAACAUGUAAAUCCUUAUCAAUGGCAUCGAUCAGUAUCAGCAGCAGGCCCAAAUACCGGUACAAAUCCCUUGCCGGCUCGCAACUCCAUUGGCUGCACUGCCUACUGCGGCUGGGGCUGUUUGCACACGUUGUGAAGCUGGCGGUGCACGCUGAGGAGGUCAGCACAUCGACUGGCAUCUCGGAAGAAUGGGGCUCCGGCUGGCAGGGCGGCACCAAUUUUCUGGUGGAGGUCGAAGAGACGGCUGCCAUGUCCGCGAACGCCGCACGUGGCAGCAACAGCAGCAGCAACACAUCCGAGGACUACAACGCCGAGCUAGUCAACAGCCGGGACAUAGACCCCACUGGCACAGCAGCCACAGCCACCAGCAACGGCACAAAUCUCGAAACGGGCCCGAAGAUCAUCGUGCGCACCGAGGAGGUGCUGAUUGUGGGUCUCGUGCUCAUCCUCUGGGUGGGCGCCAUAAUGCUGUUCUUCAACCGCUGGGGUAAGAUACGCAUGCUGGAGCCGUAUCAGCCGAAGUUUCAGCAGCAGCAUCGCAGCUCCUGUCCACUGGUCGACAUCGAUGCCGUGCAGACGCAUCAGCGCUCGUCUGUGUCCCGCAUGUCGAUGGGCAUGGUGCACAGUCAUAAUUUGAAUAUGCCAACGUGUCAAUUUGCGGCCUAUAAUCCGAGUAUAUAUGCAAAGGGCUACGCCUCACAUGUCUCGCACGUCUCGCGGCCACGCCAGAAUUCGGUUUUCGUGGGGGCCAGCACGAGUCACUAUUUGAUGCCGAGACCCCCAAGGAAGACGCGCUCCGCCAUGGAUCUGCACUCGAUGGUGCUGGACGAGAGUGCUGAGCAGGUGUAGAUAGGCGAGAGGGAGAGCGUAUGUUAAGGCUUAUGUGUGCGUCUGAUACGGUGUAUACGUGUGUGUGCGUGUAUAUGA